AACAUUCCUUCUUCUCUCGUUCACUCUUCUUCAAACUUUACUGUUCGAAAGUUUACAGUUUAUAUAUAUUUAACAUUAUUGGGGUAGAGAAAAAUAAAUCGAAAGAAAUGAAAGAGAUGGGAGUGAUAGUGCUUCUUCUACUUCACUCAUUCUUCUACGUUGCCUUUUGCUUCAAAGAUGGACUACUACCAAACGGGGACUUCGAACUAGGUCCACGGCACUCGGACAUGAAAGGAACACAAGUGAUCAACAAAGCAGCAAUCCCAAACUGGGAACUCUCAGGCUUCGUCGAGUACAUUCCCUCAGGACAAAAACAAGGCGACAUGAUCCUCGUCGUGCCUAAAGGCGCUUUCGCAGUGCGUCUAGGCAACGAAGCCUCGAUCAAACAAAAAAUCAGCGUCAAAAAAGGGUCUUACUAUUCGAUCACGUUCAGCGCUGCUCGAACAUGCGCACAAGACGAGCGGCUAAACGUGUCUGUGGCUCCUCACCAUGCAGUAAUGCCGAUCCAAACCGUGUAUAGUAGCUCCGGUUGGGAUCGGAUUGGAGCUGGUGAUGCUCCACGCAACAUAGCAGAUAUAGUGAUACAUAACCCAGGUGUCGAGGAAGAUCCUGCUUGUGGACCUCUCAUUGAUGGUGUUGCCAUGAGGGCCCUUUUCCCUCCUCGUCCCACCAAUAAGAACAUAUUAAAAAACGGAGGAUUCGAAGAAGGUCCAUGGGUUUUGCCAAACACAACCUCCGGUGUUCUCAUCCCACCAAACUCCAUCGACGACCACUCUCCUUUACCUGGUUGGAUGGUCGAGUCUCUUAAAGCCGUCAAAUACAUCGACUCCGAUCAUUUCUCCGUUCCUCAAGGCCGUCGCGCCGUCGAGCUCGUCGCCGGUAAAGAGAGCGCUGUCGCACAAGUUGUCCGCACUAUCCCGGGGAAAACGUACGUACUCUCAUUCGCCGUCGGAGACGCCAGCAACGCCUGUGCUGGAUCUAUGAUCGUAGAGGCUUUCGCCGGAAAAGACACGAUCAAAGUCCCUUACGAAUCUAAAGGGAAAGGAGGAUUCAAGAGAGCUUCGCUGAGAUUUGUUGCUGCCUCGGGUCGGACUAGAGUUAUGUUCUACAGUACGUUUUACGCUAUGAGAAACGACGAUUUCUCGAGCUUGUGUGGGCCGGUGAUCGACGACGUCAAACUUCUCAGUGCUCGAAGGCCGUGAGCUUGUUGCGGCGGCGAGUUAUACACGAGAAAAUGAGUGACGACACGACACUGUGUGUUUUCUUUUUAAGUUGUUGUUUGACAAAAAAAAACAAAAAAUGUGGUCACUCUGGUUGAGCAAGGAGGGUUCGGCGGAGCAGUGGCGUUCGUAUGCGAUUGUUUGGUCGGAAUAUAAAAUUUUAUGAUUUUAAUUUGGUUCAUUAACUUUA